AUCUAGUUAAUCAAAUUUAUCUACUUAUAUAAAAGUGUUUCUUUUCAAAAAUAUGACUGAACAUUAGAUGUGAAUCUAUGUUAAGGUGGAACAUGACUACAAUGAUGCAAGGACACAACCCAUGCAAAGAAGAAAUCAACCUGCAGACAUGAUCUCUAAAGAAGACUGCCGUCAUGCAAUUGCAGAAGCUAUGAGCUCAAUUGAAUCAAGGAUGGACGUCUCCAAUCAAAAUUUCAUGCGUGGCAUAUUAAAGUUUGCUGACAGGGUUCAACGAAUGCCAACGUCGAAGCUAACCAGUUAUUUCCAUACUUUUGGUGCAGCAGGAGUUACGCAGUCAAGAGUGACAAUAACUUCAAUUGUAAGAAGAGCAAAGCGAGGUAAAAUCCAUGUUCAACCAGAAGUAGUGAAACGCAGGAAAUUAGAGUCCGGAAGUAGAGCAAAGCAACCAAAAGGGCAAAUUUCAAAAAAGAAUCCAUUUUUAUUGAAGGCCGGAAAAGCAAAACGGCUUCAUCAAUUUGCUCACAAUGUUAGACAAAACCAGCCUGUAUCAAAGAAGGCCGGCAGAUCCAUGUCUACUAAAACCCGAUGCUGUGAAUCAACAGAUAUUUGCGACUAGAAAAAUAGAGCUGAAAAAUAAACUACAGUUUUUUCAGCAUGAAUUUAAAAUGACAAAUAGUAACAUUGCAAUAUAAUCACUAAUCAGUACUAUUUUAAUUAUUAUAAAAUGCAAAUGUAUAUA